CCGUUUUAUCCAAUAAUAAUGGUCCAAGAAAUCAAAAACCUUGAAGAAUUCAAGCAACUCAUCAACGGAGGCAAGCCCGUCGCUGUCGACUUCCACGCUCAAUGGUGCGGUCCCUGCAAGGUCAUCGGCCCCAAGUUCAUCAAGCUUGCCGAAAAGUUCCCUGACAUUGUCUUCGCCAAGGUUGAUGUGGAUGAGGCUGCUGACGUUGCCGAGGAAUAUUCGAUCCGCGCCAUGCCCACUUUCAUGUUCUUCGCAAACGGUGAGAAGAAGGAUGAGGUUGUUGGUGCCAACGCUGCUCUUAUUGAGGCAAAGCUCAACGCUCUCCUCUAAACAACUAGCAUUUGCCGCAAAGAUGCAUUUCAUACUGUGAUGCUAGAGUCUACUUGGGCAUCACAUUUGUACAGUACAUUACUAUCAAAUGCAUGCAUUUGUUUCAUUCGAACUCGGAAAUAAAAUAAAAAUUAUACAUUAUAACGGUACAGAGA